GGGUCCGAGGAGUGGAGUGACUGGUAUUGAACAGCCAAAAGUCCAAUAUGAAGCUGGUCUCCACAGUGAAUAUAUGUGUUGAUUAAAUAGAAAAAGGAGAAAAACAGGAAAAAAAUGGUGAUGUCAUUUACAACUUACUUCAUUAACACUCUUGCCUGUAAAAGAGUUCCUUUGUGUACUGCCUGUCAGGGCACCCUACCUUACCAUGCAAUGUGCUCAAAUUCAAAUCAACCACCAUUAUGCUGGACUGUGGACUGGACAUGACUUCCACCCUCAAUUUCCUUCCUUUGCCACUUGUUCAAAGUCCCAGGCUGUCUAAUCUUCCUGGCUGGUCCCUAAAGGAUGGAAAUGCUUUCUUGGACAAGGAGCUAAAGGAGUGCUCAGGUCAUGUAUUUGUGGAUUCUGUACCUGAAUUCUGCCUACCAGAGACCGAGCUAAUAGAUCUGUCUACGGUAGAUGUGAUCCUCAUCUCUAACUAUCACUGCAUGAUGGCUCUGCCCUACAUCACUGAGCACACGGGGUUCACAGGCACGGUCUAUGCCACAGAGCCCACCGUUCAGAUCGGCAGGCUUCUCAUGGAAGAGUUGGUGAACUUCAUUGAACGCGUGCCCAAGGCUCAGUCUGCCUCCCUGUGGAAGAACAAGGAUAUUCAGCGGCUGCUGCCUUCUCCUCUCAAGGAUGCAGUAGAAGUAUCAACCUGGAGAAGAUGCUAUACAAUGCAAGAGGUGAACUCUGCCCUUAGUAAAAUCCAGCUAGUCGGAUAUUCUCAGAAAAUUGAGCUUUUUGGUGCAGUCCAGGUGACUCCUUUAAGCUCUGGCUAUGCCCUUGGAAGCUCCAACUGGAUUAUCCAAUCCCAUUAUGAGAAAGUGUCUUACGUCUCCGGAUCCUCCUUGCUUACCACACACCCCCAGCCCAUGGACCAAGCUUCUCUCAAAAACAGCGAUGUUCUCAUUCUGACAGGCCUUACCCAGAUUCCCACCGCAAACCCGGACGGCAUGGUGGGAGAGUUCUGCAGCAACCUGGCACUGACAGUCCGGAACGGAGGAAACGUGUUGGUCCCCUGCUACCCUUCUGGAGUGAUCUAUGACCUUCUGGAAUGCCUGUAUCAGUACAUUGACUCUGCCGGCCUCUCCAGCAUUCCUUUCUACUUCAUCUCCCCAGUGGCUAACAGUUCACUCGAGUUUUCCCAGAUUUUUGCCGAGUGGCUUUGUCACAACAAACAGACUAAGGUGUAUCUCCCAGAACCGCCUUUUCCUCAUGCAGAGCUCAUUCAGACCAACAAGCUGAAGCACUACCCCAGCAUCCAUGGAGACUUCAGCAACGACUUCAGACAGCCGUGUGUGGUUUUCACUGGACACCCUUCCCUCCGAUUUGGGGACGUGGUCCAUUUCAUGGAGCUCUGGGGAAAAUCUAGUCUCAACACUGUCAUAUUCACAGAACCCGACUUCUCCUACCUGGAAGCACUGGCUCCCUACCAGCCCUUGGCCAUGAAAUGCAUAUACUGCCCCAUUGACACGAGACUGAACUUCAUCCAAGUGUCAAAGCUGCUCAAAGAAGUGCAGCCCCUCCACGUGGUCUGUCCUGAGCAGUACACCCAGCCGCCGCCGGCGCAGUCCCACCGGAUGGACCUGAUGAUCGACUGCCAGCCACCCGCCAUGUCCUAUCGGCGCGCCGAGGUCCUCGCCCUGCCCUUCAAGCGUCGGUAUGAGAAGAUAGAAAUCAUGCCGGAGCUCGCGGACUCGCUGGUACCCAUGGAGAUCAAGCCUGGCGUUUCCUUGGCAACCGUCUCGGCCGUGCUGCACACUAAAGAUAACAAGCACGUUCUCCAGCCUCCUCCCAGGCCCGCCCAGCCCACAGGCGGCAAGAAGAGAAAGCGGGCCAGUGACGACAUUCCAGACUGCAAGGUUUUGAAGCCUCUGCUGAGCGGCUCCAUCCCCGUGGAGCAGUUCGUGCAGACACUGGAGAAGCAUGGCUUCAGCGAUAUUAAGGUGGAAGACACAGCCAAGGGCCACAUCGUCCUGCUACAGGAAGCUGAGACGCUCAUCCAGAUCGAGGAAGAUUCGACCCAUAUCAUCUGUGACAAUGACGAGAUGCUCAGGGUCCGGCUGCGGGACCUUGUCCUCAAAUUCCUACAGAAGUUCUGAGUGGAACACGAAAGCCAUCUCCACUUCCCUGAGACCCUGCUGCAGUCCUUCACGGAGGCUGCCCAGCACCCAGUGGAGGAAGGCCAUGCAGCCUGGCAGGUCUCUGUGGUGUUGCUCUCUGGCUUGAGCGACAUUCUCAGGAGUUACGGCCAGAAUCUCCCGGUCUGGCUUCUUAGCACUGUUUCAGGCAAGAGCUUUCCCUUUAACCUUCAGGCUCAUCUUCUUCCCAGUCCUGCCUCUCUCGGGUAGCCAGGCAGGUGAGGCAGCAAGCCGAGGGGAAGGCUGAGAGCUACAGCAGCUUUCCAGGAGGUUCACAGUGGAAGGAGAGGUAAAAAGAUGAGGACUUGUGACCUGUUUUUCAUGGUUUCACAGGCCUCGGGCAGGGGAACUAGUCUUUGAGUUUGUUUUAUUGUCUACAGUGCUGUACCUAGUAAGAAAGAUGAUCCCCCAAAAUUAGCAAAAUGAACCCAUCUAUCUGUAUUUUACAAUGUGAGCUCAUUUUGUUAAUAAAACUUAUUUUUUAUAGAA